AUGGCUGGUUCUUCUUCUUCCAAUUCGUGUUUCAAAGAAGGCAAAUUUAGGGCACCAGGGUUUCGAUUUCACCCUACCGAUGAGGAGCUUGUUGUGUAUUAUCUCAAGAGGAAGAUCUGUAACAAAAAGCUUAAAGUCGAUGUCAUUGGCGUCACUGAUGUUUACAAAGUUGAUCCCUCUGAAUUGCCUGGUUUAUCGUUGUUGAAGACUGGAGAUCGUCAGUGGUUCUUUUUCACUCCGAGGAGCCGGAAGUAUCCAAACGCAGCUAGGUCAGGUAGAGGAACUGCAAGUGGGUAUUGGAAGGCAACAGGAAAAGAUCGAGUCAUUGAGUACAAUUCCAGAUCGGUAGGACUCAAAAAGACUCUUGUUUUCUAUAGAGGUCGUGCACCUAAUGGUGAGCGAACUGACUGGGUGAUGCAUGAGUACACAGUGAAUGAAGAAGAACUCGAGAGAUGUAAGAACGUCAAGGAUUAUUAUGCUCUUUAUAAGCUGUACAAGAAAAGUGGGGCUGGUCCCAAAAAUGGUGAACAAUAUGGUGCUCCAUUCCAAGAAGAAGAAUGGGUUGAUGAUGAUAGUGAAGACGCAGAUAAUGUUGAUGUACCGGAUGAGCCUUUGGUCCAUCAUGAGAACAUUCAUCGUGUGGAUGAUAAUAUGUUUUGCAAGCCUGUCAAUGUUCAGUUAGAUGAUUUCGGGAAGCUUGUCAACAGAAUCCCUGAUGCACCUGGUGUUUUUCCAAGACAAAUUAAUGAGUUUGCUGGUGCUCGUCUGGGCUAUAGCCAAGCAGAGAGACAGAGCGCAUUGCUGAAUAACUCUUCUGGAAAGUUUCUUGCCAACCGGAAAAUCGGAGAGUUCUUGCCAAAUGGCCAGCCAUACAACAGGCAGUCGAGUUUUCAGUCUUAUCCGAGGUCAGCAAACUCAUUUGAGGCUACCUUUGGUAAUGCACCUCUAGUGUUUGAGAAGGAGGAUUACAUUGAAAUGGAUGAUCUUCUGAUCCCUGAACUUGGAGCUUCUUCAACUGAGAAAUCCACACAAUUCUUGAACCAUGGUGAAUUAGGUGACCAGAAUGAGUUUGACCAAUUGUUCUAUGACAUUUCCAUGCCUUUGGAUGUAGAACCUGUUUUUCAGGAAACUUCCACCGGUCUGUCUUCUCUGAGUAAUUUUGCUAACAAUGCAUUAGACCAAAGACAGCAGUUCGUCUAUCAAGACCAGACCUCUGAGAACCAGCUGAACAACUUCAUGGGUUCUAGUACAACUCUCAAUCAGUUCACUGACGAUCUGUGGUUUAAAGAUGAUCAGGCUGUUGUUUUUGAUCAGCGGCAAUCUCCUCCUGGAGCAUUUGCGUCACCUUUAUCAGGUGUGAACCCUGAGUCUACGAAUCCUACUACGAGGGUAAAUGCCCAAGACCAGGAAGGCCAAAAUGGUAGUGGAACAACAAGCCAGUUCUCAUCAGCACUGUGGGCAUUUAUGGAUUCAAUACCUUCAAAGCCAGCCUCUGCUUGUGAAGGUCCUCUUAAUGGAACCUUUGUGCGAAUGUCGAGCUUUAGCCGCAUCAGGUUUAAUGGAAUGUCAGUGACUACUAGCAAAGUCACCAUAGCAAAGAAGCGUAUCAGAAACAGAGGAUUUCUACUUUUAUCAAUUAUGGGUGCUUUGUGUGCCGUCUUCUGGCUUUUCAUAGCCACUGUUGGAGUCUUGGGGAGACCUGUCUUGUCGUGA